CACGCACACACAACUUCCCAACCCACAUCAACGGUGUAGUUCCCUGACAUGACGCCUGUAUUCCAGGCCUCGUGCUCGUGACAUCUCCUUUCCUUUUGCGUUCCGUACGAGCCUGUCCGGGCUGGUGUAGACACGCAGCCUGUUCGGCUGAAGAGUGUGAUUCUUCCGUGCAGUCGUGACGCGUUCCUGACCCCAGGACACAGAACGAAGAGCUCGAGGACACACUUCGACAUCAUCUUCGCAGCCAUCGUCUCUCCAUCGAGACACGCAGAAAAAGCAGCGGCAGCAGCAGCAGCACAGGGUGGCAGCAGCAGCAACAGCAGCAGCACAGGGUAGCAGCACCAAGGAUUCGCUCGCUUUGACGGCUUCACCAGACACUUGAGCGACCUCCCCCUGUUCGCGCUCUGGUAUUCUAUCGGCGUUUUGGGAGCACAGCGUUUGCGAUCUGCAAUUGUCUUUUCCUUCCUGUUUUACUAACCUACCUUCCUGCCUACACCUUUCGAAAACAUACGCGCCAUGACGGCGUCAACAGCGCGCGCUUCAAGCGCACAGCCAGCCAGCGCAGCGCGCGGGAUAUUGAAACGACGCGAGAAACCGUACAAGACAGAACAGAGUCGCAUUGUUGCGAGAAGACGAAAAUUGGACCUACACAUGACAUACAUGGCCGCGCCACCCGGGUUUCAGUUCUUGCCCGUGGGAACUCCAGAUUUGGCGGAUCGUUGCAAAGAACUCUCAAGACAAAGAGGACUACCAGUCAACGUGGUCAACGCCAAACCCGUCAGCUUCAGUGCAACCGACCCCGGAAAGAUAUCCCAUCAUAUACAUCGAAUAGGCUACCACUUUCGCUCUGAUGUUGUAGAUGACGCCUGCCACGAACUCGGCUAUACGUACUCAAAGAAACGUUUCGUUCGAGAAGCGGAUCUUCAAGCGCAGUAUGAGAACUCCCGACUCGCACGCGCCAUGGCUCGCCACGGAUUCGCCUGGGAUCAGGAGCCCGUCAAACAGGAGAACACCGAACAGGUUCGCGAGGCCAUCAAAGAACUAUUCCCACGGAUUCCCGACCAAGACUUAUCGGCCAUUCUCGAAAGAGCUUGGGCGCAGGGUACCAGUCGUGUAGGCACAAACACUAACAUCGAGCUUCCGCGUCGUGUGCAACUUGCCACUAUCGCUCGUAUCCGUCAUCAUUAUACUGAUUAUGACCGUCUCCUCCGUGCUUUCGAGUGGAAAGAAGCCCGUGCGAUGGUCGAGCCUAUAUGUCUCAAGAAACUCAUUGAGUGGCGCGGUGAGAACGAGGAUGACGAUGACAACGAGUUCGAAGAAAUCGUCCGCGAAACCAUCGUGAUUGAUGACGACGAUGAUGUUGAGCCUCUUCAGCGUGCCAGCCGAACUGACGAUGAGGACUCUACCGCUGAGAUAGACCAAGGCUAUGCUAGUGAUACCAGCCUUGAGAUCAGUCAUAAGCCUGCAGCUGUUGAAGACUUGGGCGCGGAGAUCCAUGAUGAACGUUCGAGAAAGUUUCUCGAUCGUCACCAGCCGCCGCCUCGUAAUGUACAACAACGUCACAUUGAUGUUCGUCAAAAGAUUGGUCUCGCAAGAGAGCAAAUGCGUAAAGCACCUGUACAGAAUCAAAAUGUCGUCCACGUCCACGUACCGCAUGACCAAAUCGACGGCGACACGAUAAUGAUUGAAGGCCAGCGGUUCCGAAAAGUUCCGCCACCGGUGGAGGUGCACAGAUCGCCUGUGUACUACGCCGCUCCGCAGCUGUCGCCUCAAGGAAUCACUCCUGGAAGUCCAUAUGGCCCGCCACAGCAGUACCCGACCCAGCAACUACACUCCCGGCCUGCCGCCCCAUCAAAUGGAUAUGCCCCGCAUGACCAGCCGGUCGCGUCCAUUGAGCCACAGGAUGAUCUCCGACGGAAGGCUAUGGCUUCAGCGUCUGCCCUGCAGCAUAAUGGAUACGCGAGUGGGCAUCGAUCACGGCCCGCAUCUCCACAAGGAUUGUCUGGGAAACGGCGCCGUCUGGACACAAAUGGCCACAAUGGAGUCCAGCCACAUGCUCAGCCCCAGUACACUUCCCCCACGGAUAGGACCUAUCGCCUGGCCGAGACCUACAUUGGCAGCCCAAUAUUGGCGAGCAAGACGAGGCCACGGUCUGCAGAUUGUGGUAGUCCCCGUGCUGAUGACCACCGACCUUCCACUCGAGGUGCUCCAUUGCCUCCCUCGUCAUAUGUUGCUCAGCAGCCGCUGGUAAGAAUCAAUGAUGACCCCCACCGCACUGGAAAUGGAAUUUCCUCGCACAUGGUAAGCCGGAGUGGUUUCGUGGAUGCCCAAGUCGCGCCCAUUCAAUACGCGCCCUUGUCCCAGCACCAUACCGGUCACAAGGGUCAUUUGCCUCGGCCGCCGCCUGGAGAAGAGUACUAUGUCCAGUCCGGCACUCGCCCGGCUACUCGAGUUGUGUACGUUGAAUCGCCCCAAGCCGGGUAUGGAUUGCCUCAGCCCCAACAUGGAGCCCCAGCGGCUGUACAACCGGCACAUGUGAACGUUGCCGCGAAGUAUGCACCUCCCAUUGCGGGAGAUUACGCGCCGCAGAGGUACUACUAUCCAGGCUGAGAGGUUGUUAUCAUUUGCGCGCCCGCCACACGAAGUGCCCCGAUCUCGUCCCUGGUCUGAUGGCACUGUCUGAUGCAUAGUCUGAGGAGCCCUUCAUGCCUGUCCCAGGGCCACUAUCUGGUCGAUGCACAUGGUGCACGUGCCCAGCUUCUUGGAGGAUGAUACCCAUGGGUCAUACCUGGAGAUAGAUGUAAGUCGUCAGAAGAUCCGGCGUUGAUAGAAGAGGCGUGCCAUCAGCACGUCGCAGAGUAAGAAGGAAGCACGCAGGCUAUGGCUUCAAGUCCCAUGCAGAGCGUAUGUGUACAAGGAUUCACAGAGCAGAUACCCAUACUAUGAGAC